CACAAUGAGCGAGCAGGUGUCAGUCACCCCGAGCUGGCUGACCCCUGACCCCAGCUGGGUCAGCAGUGGUGGUGGGAGCACAGAGAACCUGACGGCUGGAACGCCUCCUCCACUUGCUGUUUUACCCCCGGAGUCUUCUGCUGAGCUGCUGGUGAACCCGUGGGAUAUUGUGCUGUGCACGUCGGGUACCCUGAUAGCCUGCGAGAAUGCCCUGGUGGUCCUGGUGAUCUGGCAGAACCCGGCUCUGCGUGCUCCCAUGUUCCUGCUGAUCGGUAGUCUGGCGCUGGCUGACCUGCUAGCCGGCGUGGGUCUGGUGCUCCACUUCACCUUUGCCUACCUGCUGCGCUCGGACUCGGCCCAGCUGCUCACGAUCGGCCUGGUGGUGGCCUCGUUCUCUGCCUCUGUUUUCAGCUUGCUGGCCAUCACCAUCGAUCGCUACCUGUCGCUGUAUUACGCGCUCACGUACAACUCAGAGCGCACAGCUGCCUUCACCUACACCAUGCUAGUGCUGCUGUGGGGGGCGUCCUUGUGCCUUGGUCUGCUGCCCGUCACCGGGGUAAACUGCCUGAGUCAGGAGGAUGCCUGCAGCGUGGUGCGACCACUCACAAAGAACAAUGUCGCUGUUCUGUCCGUGUCCUUCUUGCUGCUCUUCGGGCUCAUGCUGCAGCUGUAUAUGCAAAUCUGCAAGAUCGUAAUGCGGCAUGCGCACCAGAUCGCCCUGCAGCACCACUUCCUGGCUGCCACGCCGCACUACGUCACGACGCGCAAAGGCGUCUCCACACUCGCCAUCAUCCUGGGAACGUUUGCCGCCUGCUGGAUGCCUUUCACAGUCUACUCGCUUAUUGCCGACUACACCUACCCGCCGUUGUACACCUACGCCACGCUGGUUCCCGCCACCUACAACUCCAUCAUCAACCCCGUCAUCUACGCCUUCCGUAACCAAGAGAUCCAGAAGGCGCUCUGGAUGGUGUGCUGCGGCUGCAUCCCGGCCAGCGUGGUGCAGCGGGCACGGACGCCCAGCGACGUCUAACGUACACGUCUCUUAGACUUUGCAUGCUGUUGUGAGACAAGGGGAUAUAUGUGUGGCCCUUCUUUUACGUCUUCCCCUUAUUGUGAUGUAAGUUCGACCACUGCCAAAUGGCCUUCGUACCCCCUCACUCUGGUGCCACCAAACUGCCACCAAAGCCUACCUUUUCACGGCAAGCAUCUGUACAUAAAAUGUAGAUAAACUUGCUGUUGUAAACAGUGCGUGCUCCUUUGAAAGGCCUCAGCGGCAUCCCUCAGUGAGGGAG